AUGGCUGAUAGCACGCGUCCUUGGUGGAAGGAAGCGAACAUAUAUCAGAUAUACCCUGCCAGCUUCCAGAACUCGAACCGAGAUGGUAUCGGUGAUCUGCCUGGAAUCCUGUCACGCAGCAACUAUAUCAAAGAUACUGGAGCAGAUGCAAUAUGGAUUUCUCCUAUGUAUAACAGCCCUCAGCAGGACAUGGGCUAUGAUAUCUCGGAUUAUGAGAGUGUAUCCCCCCCUUACGGAACGGUAGGGGAUAUGGAAGCCAUUAUCGCUGCUUGCCAUGAGCGUGGGAUGAAAGUCUUACUCGACCUAGUUACAAACCACACUUCCAACGAACAUGAUGAUUAA